AAAAAUAAAAGAAGAAAAUACAUACCUAACGCAACACCAAAAGUCUACAACAUGCGGCUACUAUCCGCAAAGACUCAAAAACUUGUCGAAUUUUUUGGCGAUGCGAUACCCCCGUAUGCAAUAUUAUCUCAUACAUGGGAAGCCGAGGAAAUUACUUUCCAAGAUAUUACACAAGGGCAUUCUUACCGAGAGUCCAAGAAAGGCUGGGCUAAAGUGAUCAAAUGCUGCCAACAAGCGAUUAAAGAUGACUUCGAAUUCGUGUGGAUCGACACAUGUUGCAUCGACAAGUCAAGCAGUGCGGAGCUUCAAGAGGCAAUCAACUCCAUGUUUAAAUGGUACGAGAUGUCGCUUGAAUGCUAUGUAUAUAUAUCCGACUUGAAUCACCCUGGCUUGAACGCAGAGCCUCAAGAGAUAAAAGAGACUUUGGCAAGAUAUACCUGGUCACGAUGGUUCACUAGAGGUUGGACGCUUCAAGAGCUUCUCGCUCCGGCAUCUGUUCGUUUCUUUGACUCUGCUUGGUUGGAGUUUGGCGACAAGAUUUCUCUCCGGGAGCAAAUCGCUAAGGCAACUGGCAUUUCUCAGCAGGUGCUGGUUGACUCUGUUAUUGAUGUGCGCCGGGCCAUGGAUUUCAUCAGCAUCGCACAACGGAUGUCCUGGGUGUCGCGCCGCACUACGACCAGGGAAGAAGACAUAGCAUAUUGUCUCUUGGGCAUCUUUGAUGUCAACAUGCCGUUGUUGUACGGCGAAGGACCUAAGGCUUUCCAACGCCUCCAGGAAGAGAUAAUUAAAAAGUCCGACGAUCAGUCCAUCUUGGCAUGGGGUUUCGGUUGUGAGGACAGAACCUUGUGGAAAGUCUCUACAGCCCUGGCUCAAUCGCCCCUGGAUUUUCUCCGCUGUGGAGAGAUGGUAUCAACAGGUGCAGCAGCUCCUGGAGAUGGCUUUUCGAUGUCUCAGAGGGGACUCCGAAUUGACCUGCCAGUGCUUGGAGACUUUAACGAUGGAGACAUAGUCUACUGCCUUUUGAACUGCACUCUAACAGCGAAGAGCACAAAGGGUGUCACGACUCGUCUACUUGCUGUACCGCUUGCUCGAUGCACCUCACGGGCAGAUGGAGCGAAACCCAAGCUGGACGAGUAUUAUCGGCUAUGCAAUCGAAUCCCCCACUGGGUAGAAGAAAGUGAGGUCGCCGCAAGCAAGAGGAUGACAUUAUAUAUGCCGAGUUUUUAUCGGCAUGGAGACGUGAUUCGGCCUAGAUUGAACUGCCGUCUGGAACUUGGAUCUCUGCCUCCGGGUUACUUUAUCGCAGGCAUGUUCCCUCCCGAGAGGUCUAUGAAUUCCUUACUACACCUUACGCUCCACAACGACAAUGGUACCACUUAUUUGAUCGUCCAUAUUGCAACAACCCUUCAACAACCGGGUUAUCUCGUUGUCAUCAAAUGCAGACUUGACUCGAGCCAUGACGAUCCUGCAAGCUCUGGUGCAUUAUACCAAGAGAAGUCAAGUCCAGACAACCUGGACUCAAGCAAAUAUCUUCUCCCCUUGAACAGAGCCAAACUCAAAGAGUUAAUCAUCGAGUGCAUUGCCGUCGUGUUUCAUUUAGAAAAAUCUCAAGUCAACGGUAUGUCUUCAUUGCUGGAGCUGGGUAUCGACUCACUCACAACCGUUGUCCUCCAAUACCAAUUAGAGGAGCGCAUUGGCAUUGAAUUUCCAGUGGAUAUUCUUUUUGGCUCAAAGACUGUUAAAGACGUGGAACACAAGUUGCGGUUUGCCAUGCAAUCCCACUUUCGAAACUCUCUAGUCUUACAAAAAGGCCAGGUCAAGAUUCCUCUAUGCGAAAUCGACAGCCCUCAAUUUGCUAUAGUAGAGGUAGCACCAAAUGCAUCAUUGAUUCAGCUGCUAGAGAGAGCAGACUUGUUCAAUACUGCGCAAUAUACAAACAAUACUUUCGAAGCAGUCUUACAGCUGUCGGAAAAUUUAUCAUUAAAAGCUAACUUUCGGAACCAUAGAAUAGAACGUUCUCUCACGUUAAAAUUUAUAAAUGCUUAAACAUGGCUCUUAGGUCACGCAGGCAUCAGGUUGGAGUGGAGCGCUAUUCUAAGAUUGAGGUAAAGAGAAGAAUGUAGAAGCUGAGGACAAGAUGCGAGAUACGCAAUGCCACAGUAACGAGAUGAGUCCCUCAAUGGGCUGGUGGCGCUAUGGAGAAAUAGGCGCUGGAAGUCAACGAUCUCGCGGUACAGCAAGAUAGCCUUGGGAAAAGAGCCUUGACAUUACGACGUGGGAGAACAAGAUAAGCAGGCGGAUACCUACAUAUCCGCCUGCUUGUCUUUGAAGUUAAUGAUGUAGUUAGCGCUACUUAUCUCUGUAAUGUAGCCACUGAUGUUCUUU